ACAAGUUACGGCAAAGCGCUUUCUGUGCAAUACCGAUAACAUGGCAUCUUGGCCACACGACUGGGAAGACCAGCCAGAUCGAUCAGCUUACACGACUCGUGAUAGCAUAGACCACAUAUGGCACCGUCUUGGUCUUCCUGCGCAGGCCCGCAAUUUUCUCCAUCUUGACCUGCCCGACGAGGAUCAGAAAGCACUUCCAUCUUCCUUCAAGAUCGGACAUCUUGCUCAAGCUUCAAUAGGCCUUUCUGCUCUGUCAGCAGCUUUGGUCCAUUCUCACAUCCAUCAGAGCACGGAGUCUACUAAAAUCAGCGUGCCGCUCAAACAUGCUGCGGUCGAAUUCAGAUCUGAGCAUCACUACCUGCUCGAUGGCAAACCUGCUCCAUCUUUGUGGGGACCACUUGGAGGUUUACACAAGACCGCAGACGGAUACGUGCGUGUGCAUGACAACUUCCUCAAUCAUCGAAAGGCGGCUUGUGAGAUCCUCGGGCUUGAUGUGGAGAUAGCCACAAAGGAUGACUUUAGCCAAAAGGCCCUUCAGUGGAAAGCACUAGAGCUGGAGAAAGCGGGAAUGGGAAAGGGCGCUGUAAUUUUCGCGUUGCGGUCGUAUGAGGAAUGGGAGAACUCGGCUCCAGGAAAGCAUAUCAUGGCAGGACACAACUUUCCAGUACGAGUACAAAGAAUCAGUCCGCAGGGUGGAGCUACUCAUUCGGUCUCUGAUCAUUUCCCAAAGAAAGCAGAUCGGUGUCUACGAGGCGUGCGAGUCCUCGAAUUGAGUCGUGUCAUCGCUGCUCCUGUCGCUGGUAAGACUUUGGCAGCCCAUGGGGCAGACGUCCUUUGGGUGACUUCACCAAACCUUCCAUCAUUACCUGGCUUGGACAUUGAUGUGUCUCGCGGUAAACGCACAAUACAGCUCGAUCUUGAUACGGCAGAAGGCACUCAGGCAUUGCAUUCCCUCGCACGCAAUGCUGAUGUAUUCAUCCAGAGCUACAGACCUGGCUCGCUGGCUGCUCGUGGCUUCAGUCCUCGCGCGCUGGCUGAAGAGAACUCAGGAAUAAUAUACGCCACCUUGUCCGCCUGGGAUGACGGACAUGGAGAAGGGCCUUGGUCCAACAGCCGUGGCUUCGACAGUAUGGUUCAGAACGCAUCCGGGAUGAAUGUGAGUGAAGCUGAACACUUUGGAGAUCCGAGUGUACCAGCUCGUGCCCUGCCUGUACAAGCUCUUGAUCACGCAGCCGGAUAUCUUCUUGCUACCGGAAUCAAUGCUGCGCUGUAUCGGAGGGCGACGGAGGGGGGCAGCUGGGAAGUACAUGUAAGUCUUGCGGGUGUGAUGAAGUAUCUGCGAAGUUUGGGCCAGUAUCCGGGUCGAAACGGCUUCGAAUGUGAGCCGCUAGGAGAUAUUUCCUCCUACUUGGAGACGAGAAGGACCGAUUUCGGAGAGCUGAGCGCUGUGCGACAUUCGGCGAGUGUAGAGGGCAAAGAGCCUGGUUGGGAGGUCAUGCCAAAGAAGCUGGGUAGCGAUGAAGCAAAGUGGUUGUGAUCGAAUGAGUAAAGAGACGACCAAGCGAAGUCCUGCAGAGUCAGAUGAUACUGUACAUGGCAAGUGCCGAUUUUGUGUCUAUUAUCGUAACAUUAAGCUCGCUCAGUCCCACCUGAAUGAAUGUUAGCACGGAUGAAGACUACCAAAAACAG